AUGUCGGGUAAGAACAGGAACAUGUCGCCGUUAGAAGAGUCCUCUCCGAGGAGUUCCGAGACGGAAAUCCCCGACAAUAUGCUACCGAGGGAGAUCAGAAUCGGCGGACAAAAUAAGCGGAAGCGCGAUGGAAGUUUUAGGAAACUCGCGGGUUCUCCUAUCGAAGAUCAAAGUCAAAAUCAAAAUGAUAAUGAUGAUGAUGAAAAUGACAGCAGCAAUAAUAAUAAUGACGUUGCGUUUGUGCUAGAAGAAAGUGGAGAAUUGAGGGAUGAUGUUCGGAUGUCAGGUGGGAUUGGGAUUGAGGAGACACAUCUUGCCUUGGGCAGACCAAACUAUGCCGAUCGGUUUUUACGAGGUAACUGUCCAGGUCCAGAGGGUUCCCCAGUCACCCUCGGGGUGCUAACCGUUUAA